AUGUCAAAGAACAUCAAAACGCCGACAAAUCAGAAAAUUCUGACGAACGUGGCCGUCGUUCGAAUGAAGAAGACCGGAAAACGAUUCGAAAUUGCGUGCUACAAGAACAAAGUGGUCAAUUGGAGAAAUAAGACGUAAACUGAACUGAAAUUGUGACACAAAAAUCGAAUUGAAAUUUUCAGCGAGAAAGACAUUGACGAAGUGCUGCAAACGCACACAGUCUUCUCGAAUGUCUCCAAAGGACAACUCGCCAAAAAAGACGAAUUGAUCGCCGCGUUCGGAAUUGAGGAUCAGCUCGAGAUUUGUAAAAUUGUAAGGGAAUGAACUAUUUUGCUUGAAGAACUAAAUUUUCGCUUCAGAUUCUGGAUAAGGGAGACUUGCAAGUGUCGGAGAAGGAGAGACAGGCGGCGUCCGAUCAGUCACUCAAAGAAGUGGGCAUUUCAGACAAAGGAACGUUCUCGAAUCUUCCGUUUCCAGGUCUCCCAACUGAUUGCCUCGAUGGUAGUGAAUCCGGAAACGAAGCGUCCGGUUCCGCCGUCCGUCAUCGACAAGGCCCUCCAGGAAAUGCACUUCUCCCUCAAACCGAACCGCUCUUCGAAACAACAGGCGCUCGACGUGAUCCCGAAACUCCGCGAAACCCUCAAAAUCGAGAGGGCCAAAAUGAAGGUGCGCGUGGCGAUUCCGACGAAAGAGGCGAAGGCGGUGCACUCGAAACUGAAGGCGCUGUUCAGCGACGUUGAGGUGGACGACUGGGCCGAAGGAAGUCUCGAAAUGGUCGGACUCAUCGAGCCCGGAUCAUUCCGUGCUCUCGACGAACUUGUGAGAAACGACACCAAAGGCUCCGGACGUCUCGAGAUUCUGAGUCUGAAGGACGUCGUCGAAGGAGAACUCCAGAUUUCAUAA